AUGGCGAAUUCUGAAGACGUAUUCCGGCCGUAUGUUCCUGACAGUCUCGAUGCAGACGACGACAUCAACCAGAGUCUUCUGGAAUUGAUGCGUUGUUCGUGGGCAGAGGACAGUCAUGACCGACCUGAUAUAUCUAUGAUACGGAAGGCGGUCCGGAUGUUGAAUAAGGAUAACGAGACAUCAAAUCUUGUUGACAAUCUCCUUAAGCGUCUCGAGUUGUACGCGAAAAACCUCGAAGGCCUUGUCGAAGAAAGGACACGCGAGUAUUUGGCAGAGAAGCAGAAAGUCGAAGAUCUACUGCAUCAGUUGCUACCGCCUUCUAUCGCUGAU